GCACCCUGACCGCCCACCGCCAGGCGCCCGGCACCGCUGCUUGUCACCCGCACACCACAAGCCAUGGCCGACGCCUCCGCCUCCUUGCCGCCGCCGCCCGGCAGGCAUGCCUAUUCGCUGCAGUAUCUGCGCCUGCAGCUCUUCGCCCUCGUGCUGCGCUCCCUCAUCGCGCCGCUCAACUGGCUCGGCAAGCUCGUCAUCCCCUAUGGCGUCUCGGGCGUCGUGCGGCACUCCUUCCUCAUCCCGAGCCGCGACAAGGGGCGCCGCAUCCGCGUGUGGGCGUACGAGUGCAGCGCCACGCGGCACCAGCGCAAGGCCGUCGUGCUCAACUGGCACGGCAGUGGCUUCAUGACGCCCGGCCUCACGCAGGACGCCGCCUUCUGUGCGCAGCUGGCGCGCCAGCUCGACUGCGUCGUGCUCGACUGCGACUACCGCAAGGCGCCCAGCCACCCCUUCCCGGCGGCGCCCAACGACGCCGAAGAUGCUGUGCGCUGGGUGCUGAGCAAGACGGAGCGCUUUGACACGUCGCGCAUCGCACUCACCGGCUUCUCGGCGGGCGGCAAUCUGGCCUUGUCCGUCUCCAACUCGCUCGGGCCCUCGCUCAUCUCUGCCGUCGCCACCUUCUACGCGCCCACCAACUUUACGCUCGGCGACGGCGUCAAGCGUGCGCCCGAGGGCCAGCCCUUCAAGCCCCUCGUCUGGGUCUUUCGCCAGUUUGCGCUGGCGUACCUGCCCAAAGGCACGCGCAGGGAGCAUCCGCGCCUCUCGGUGCUCUUUGCGCCGCCCGAACGAUACCCGGGCACGGUGCUUUGCAUCUGCGGCGCGAUGGACACUCUGCAUGAGGAUUCGGUGCGCCUGUGCAAGCGCCUGCAGGAGGCAGGUGGACAGGAUGUAGAGUUCAUCAGCGCGCCGGGAAGACGGCAUGGCUGGGACAAGGGCCUGACGAAGGCGGCGAGAGAGGAGGCGCGGGGCUACUAUCGCCAAGUGGGCUUGGCGAUCGAGAGAAGUUGGCAGAAGAAGCCGGCGCGCGAGAGUCGCCUCUGAUCCGGGCUCGGACCAGCAGUGAGGGGUAGAGGAGAGAGACAUCGCCAACUAAUCACAUUUCAAUGUCGUCGAUGCGCUCCUUCUCAUCGCCCAGCUUCUGGAGGCGCAGAUAGACGUCCAGUCCGCCGCUGCCAACGAGCGGAGGAGCGCAAGAGGGAGAUAAGCGUCAGCGUAUUGCCUCCUUUGCCCGAGCGACGGAUGCUGGUGGGGGCCAGAAAAGAAAGGGGC